UAACACAAAAUAUUAUAACAAAAAUAUUAUGCUAGUUUAUUGGAAUAAAUAGAGUAAAAAUAUUUUUUUUCUUUUCGUGUACACAUUCGCGUUAUUGUCAUUCGUAUAAUAUUUUCGAAAGUAUGCGAUUCCACUUACUAGUCGUAUGUCUGGUACAUUUUUUGUAUUAUACAUAUGCAAAUAAUCAAGACUUCACUCAUUUGACAAGAGAAUUUUAUCAUGAAUCCAAUGAACUAAAGUCAUCAUGUUUAAGCAAAAUUUACUGCGAAAGUGAACUUUUACAUGACGUACAACUAUCUAAAAUUUAUCCAGAUUCGAAAACUUUUGUGGAUAAGCAGCUAAAAUCCACAGAGUCUGAUAUUUUAGAUAAGUAUAGAAAAUUGAAACUCUCUAACAAUAAUCAAGUGCCUUCUAAUACCGAAUUAACGAAAUUCAUUGACGAGUAUUUAAAGGAUGGUAAUGAAUUAGAGGAAUGGACCCCUCCUGACUUUACUGAUAAUCCAUCGAUUGCUAACCGAAUUAGAGACAAAAAUUAUAAACAAUGGUCACUGGGAUUAAAUCAAGUAUGGAAAACCUUAGCAAGGAAAAUUAAACACGAAGUAAGAGACCAUCCUAGUAAUUACUCACUGAUAUGGGUUCCAAAUGGAUUUGCUAUACCUGGAGGCAGAUUUAGAGAACUUUACUAUUGGGACACGUACUGGAUUGUUAACGGAAUGUUAUUAUGUGAUAUGACGUCAACAGCUAAAGGUGUCAUUGACAAUAUUUUAUACCUCAUAUCUCUGUUUAAUUUCAUGCCAAACGGUGCACGAGUAUACUACCUAAAUAGAUCACAGCCACCAAUGGUGACGUUGAUGGUGGCAAAUUACUAUAAAGCGACUAACGACUUUGAUUAUGUACGAACAGUCAUACCUACUUUAGACAAAGAAUUUAAGUUUUGGAUGGAAAACCGAAUGGUCACUUUCCAGAAAAAUGGAAAAUCGUAUACAAUGGCAAGAUUCUAUGCACCGUCGAGAGGUCCAAGACCAGAGUCAUAUAGAGAGGACUAUGAAACAGCGGAAUAUUUUAAAACUGAAAAGGAAAAAACCAAUUUCUACAUAAAUAUUAAAUCUGGAGCUGAGACUGGAUGGGAUUUUUCAAGUAGAUGGUUUAUAAAUAAAAUAAAUUACUCGAAUAAGGGUAACUUAACAGACAUACAAACGCCAUCAAUAAUACCAGUCGAAUUGAAUUCUUUAUUACACGUUAAUGCAUUGACUUUGAGUGAAUGGUAUGCCAAGAUGGGAAAUAUAAGCAAAGCCGAAGAAUAUAGUGCGAUAGCCGCGACCUUUCUUAACAAUAUACAAGAAGUUAUGUGGAGACCAGACCUGGGAGCGUGGUUCGACUGGGAUAUAAUGAAUAAUAAAAGUCGAGAAUAUUUUUAUGUUUCUAAUAUUGUACCUCUGUGGACGGGAAGUUACAACAUGCCGAAAAAAGCUGUAGCCAGUUCAGUGUUGGGAUAUCUAAGAGACCAACAUAUUAUCGAACCCGAUUAUAGUGUGAAUUUCAACGGAACACCUACAUCUCUGUAUGAAUCAUCACAACAAUGGGACUUUCCAAAUGCAUGGCCUCCUCUACAAGCUUUCAUCAUUCAAGGUCUAGAUAGGACACAACAAAAACUUGCACAACAGGUGGCACUGAAAUUAGCCGACGUUUGGUUACGUUCAAAUUAUAAAGGAUUCGCAGAGAAAUCAAUGAUGUUCGAAAAAUAUGACGUUCUAGCUUCAGGAGAAACUGGUGGCGGUGGUGAAUAUAUUCCACAGACAGGUUUUGGUUGGACAAAUGGUGUCGUGUUUGAGUUUUUAAAUCGAUGGGGUGAUACAGUUUCUAAUGGGACAAACGGAUGUAAUAGCAGCUAUAAAUAUUUGUGCGAUUUCAAUAGGAUCAGACAACAGUUAAUGUUUUGGAAAUGAGGAAUCGGGGAUAAUUUAAUUAUAUGCCAGUGCACCGGAAACUUAGGUACCUUCUUGUAAUUAAAUGUACCAUACUUCAAACAGCUGAAUAACGCUGAUAAAUUCAAAGAAAAAACUCAGUAUUCAUUUAUUACAACAUAAUAAAUUUAUAAUCUAGAAAAUAUAAUUUUUAAAUG